AUGCAUCACAGCCGUCGCAAAUCUGGCCAUGCCUCGACCAAUAGCUCAACGACUGAUGUCCGCAAGGUAGCCACAACUUCAGAUGCAAAGCCCAGACGGCCACAGACGUUGACUAGGAAAUCAACACCGCAAACAGUACUAAAACUGGGCAAGAACCCGAAGGAUCGCGAAAGGGAAUGGGAAGAAGAACGCUGGUUCGACGAUGAGCGAGAGAGCUUUCCUCAAUUUUGUAUGACCUGCGAAAAGCAAUUCACCCCACAAGAUGAGAAGUUUUUAUAUUGCUCGGAGGCGUGUCGCGAGCGUGACCAAAACGCAAGCGUAAGAACAUCGUCAUCGCGCCAUUCGUCUAGGGGACAUGAAGGUUUCGGGGCCAGUUUACCGUAUUAUUCGGUUGGAAACUCGGAACCCCGAGACAUCAUCCCGCGCGCCUCACCAUCUCGUUGGUCGCCUCCCACAACACCAACAACCGGUCAAUACACCAAUGCUGUCUCAGCCCUGAGGUCAUUAAGCAUACGGCCAGUGAGCCCGACUUCGCCGAUAUCAGGCAAUGCAGUUUGGCCGUUUACGCGCAGUGCUAUCACCAGCCCCAGUACGUCGUAUACGAAAUCGGCCAAUAACUUAUACUCGUCAACUUACGAUAACGGUUAUGCAGUUACGGGCUAUGGAUAUCCCCAAGGUGGAAUGACAGACCGACCAUUACCCUCUAGAAAGCCCGGUGCCUACUCGAGACCUAAGAGUAUCGAGUUAGUUACACCGAUAGUUGGUCGCUGA